GAGCUACACGCGAUGACGCAGCAGCCGCCAAAAUCAAACCGUCCGAAACUUGACGCGAAUAUUUUCCGUCUGUGCGGUUUAAACGAUAGUUAACACACCAUAAAGACAAACAACGUGCCGAGACAUGGAGACUGCGACAGGUGUUUUGAGUCACCUGAGUCGCCUGGAAGUUGAGGCAAGAAGCCGUAAGAGUCGACCCCAGCAGCGGAGUCGUGUGAAGGAGCUGAAGGCUAAAGUUGAAGCGCUGAGGCUGCAGAGAGACCGGCUGAAGGCGGAGAUAGAGACACACAAGAGUCUCCAGAAACUGAGGGUGUCUAUGGACAAACAGAGUGCACAUGAAGAAGAAGAAGAAGAAGAAGACGAGGAGGAAAUGGAUGAAGACUCUGAGAACUCACAACUGCUGCGGCUGAUGGCCAGACACACACAACUGAAAGACCUCCUGCAUGCUCAUCACAUCAUUGGUGGGUACAAUGUCAUAAAGACUCGUCAAGGUAAAGGAGUGUGUGUGUCUCUGGCGACGGCCUACGAUGGCGUCUUCUUAGACACCUACAACCUGGAGAUAGACGUGAAGCCAACGCUGAGGAUCAGUCGUCACAACGUCCCCCCGUUCAUUCCCUUGAACAGCCUGGUUGAACAGAGCAACAUGCAGACAGACAUAAGGAGUUUUCUGGACACGCUCAGCCAACAUCUCAACGCCUUCGCCGGUCGCAAGCAGCAGCUGAAGCUUGUGAAGGAACUCCAUAAGGCUGUGGAAGUGAUGGAGAGCAACGUUUUGUGUUCAAUAUUGGUGAUGAUGUUCACUGUGCCGGGAGAGAAGACGGCCGUUCUCUGCACCCUGGACUACACCGACCACACCAGAUGUCUCCCCACACGGGUCCACUUUGAAUCUGAAGACAAAGAGCUUCCUGAUUCUCCAGAGUGGAAGAAAAACUGCAGCCUCCUCAUGGAGACUCCUGUGCACAAAGCUUUGAUAAUCAUGAAGAAGAUGGGGAAUAUUGUGUAAUUUAUUCAGAAAUAAUGAAACUUUUCUACAUUUUUAAAGAUAAUAUGUACAUUGUCAUUGUUUAUAAUAAAAAAAAUACUGUUAGUUAAACGUUUCUUCUUCUAACAGAUGUUGAGGUAUUAAAUUGUGAGUAGAAAGUGAAUUUUUCUGAGUUCCUCUACGGCGGUUCCACUUGUAUUUCAUGUUGGGUUUUGUCCUUGAGCUUCUCUAUAAAUGCGGCCACCCUCUUGUGUAAAGUGUCCCUCUGAAACUGUCUCAGCCUCUCCAUUUCCUCUCUAGCUCUCUGCUGCUGCCUGGCCAGCUCUUUGGCUGAUAUUGAGUCUAUAGUGGCGAUGUUUUUCAUCUGCAUGAGCGACAGGCCGCUCUGGAUGUUUCCUCUGUGUCUCACUGAACUGGUGAGUGACGUUGGUGGCGCCGAUAUCGACCGACUCUCCUCCACCAGUUCAGAUUCUUUGUCGUGAUACUGGGACUGGCUGGAAUUUAAUCUUCUGCCAUCAGAUGUUUGAAUACCUCUGCUGAAGUGUGUCUCUGCAUUGUUGUGUUCUCCGAUUUCUUUCAUGGCGAUGUUGACUGUAGCUUUAGGCUCACAGAUUUUGACCAUCACUACUCUUCUCUGUUCGUUGACCAGCGAGUCUCUUCGUUGUUGAAGCAUCUUGCGAGUGUACUUGUGCUGUUUGUCCAACAUGUUUAGUUUCUGCUGGAGAUCCCUCUCCUCCUUCUGGUUCAACACCUUCAGGUCUCUCUGCAGCGCUUCAGGUCUUCUGAUGCUUUGAUCCAUUGUAUACAAAGGCUAGAGGGAGAAAUAUGCGUUUUUCAGUCACUUUUUAAACUUAAAUUAAAUCAAAGGAUGUAAUUUUCUUACCUGAUGUGCGUGCAACGUCCUCCAGAGAGCUGUGUCUUACAGGUGUGUUUGCUGCUAUGGCUGUCUCAGUGUGUGUAAUACAAUAGCCUAUUAUAUCUGAAGUAAAGUGGAUGAGAUUGUUGGUCAUUGUGUACUGUCACAUUCCCUAGAGAUUCAGUUUCAAGAUGCCUUAGCAGGGCAGUCACAGGGCUUUCUUGCAGAUUAUACAAUCAGUAGAUAACAAUGACUCACCUUGUGCAAAAUACUUUUAAUUGUAUGCAGCUUUAGUGCUUAAGUGGAUAAUGCUACUACAUUCUCACAUGAUCUUUCACUGUUUGGGAUCUAUAAGUUAUACUUUAAGUUGUGCUGAUAUUGUUGGAAUAUUUUUGUUAUAAUAAAAUUACUUCUAAAAUACAAAGAUAUAUCAUUUUAUACA